UCCUGAGCAGCGGCGGAAAGGGACGGAGCUGGGAGGGCGGGCGCGGAGCACUGGCGGGGGCAGGAGAGGCAGCCAUGCUCUUGUCUGGGGGUAGACCCCCAGCGCAGGAAUGGUUCAUGGUGCAGUCAAAAUCGAAGCCUCGGGUGCACCGACAGCGGUUGCAAGUCCAGCGCAUCUUCAGGGUCAAGGUGAACGCCUUCCAGAGCCGUCCCGACAACCCCUACUUCUGGCUGCAGCUGGAGGGGCCCCGCGAGAAUACUGGUAAAGCCAAGGAAUACCUGAAGGGUCUGUGCAGCCCAGAGCUGUGGAAGGAGGUUCGCUACCCGCCAGUCCUGCACUGCGCCUUCCUGGGGGCACAAGGCCUGUUCCUGGACUGCCUCUGCUGGAGUACUCUGGCUUACCUGGUGCCUGGUCCCCCAGGCUCCUUGAUGGUGGGCGGGCUGACUGAGUCUUUCACCAUGAUACAGAACUGGCUGGAGGAGUUGGUGGCACGUCUGCGCUGGGGCCCUGCCCCUAUGGUCACCCCCCGGGGGGUUUGGGAGACAGAGGUGACCCGGGCUUUUGGGGCCCUGGUGUGGAUCCGCGGUGACCAGUAUGCAGGAGACCUGCUGCAGCUUCCACCAGCGGUGCAGGAGCUGCUCCUCAGCCUCGUGCGGGAUGCUGCUGGCAAAGAAGACAUCGUCGAUUGGCUCAGCCACUUUGGCAUCUCUGGUACCUGCUCCAACCCAGAGGUCCUGAUCUACCCCACCCCGCAGCAGAAGGAAGGCUCAUCCCUGGUGACCAUAGGAGAGAGCCCUGGACCCUUCUUAGAGAUAGGAACCUGGAAUCAGGCUUCAGAAAAUUCAAAGAGAUCAACAGGUUUGGGAGCAGCUGGAUCCCUGAUGCCAGUCCAGAGCACUCAGCAGGAGACAGCAUGCCAGCUAGUACAGAUCUGUUCCAACAAGCAAGGUGAUACGGACAGUGCUCGGGAGGAAGGAGCCAUUGUGCAAACCCUCAGCAGCCAGGACUCUGCAAACCACACACAAGCGCUCUUGCAGCAAAGGCAGGCACAGAGGAUGGAAGACAGAGUGUCACUGCAGUCGCCAGUGUCAGCUCUGAGUGCAUGGGCCCCGGGGCCAGCCUUUGGGCCCCUGUGGCCAGGCACUAUUGCUGCAACGUUCUGGAAGAUCAACAAACUACAUUCUCUUCACCUGGCCUGGCUCCUAUCCCAGGCUUGCCUCAAUUUCCCCUUCUGGCAGAGGCCCGUGGGCCCCAUUCAGCUGAAGCUGCCAGGACAGACUCGUUUGCCCUUAAACCUGGGGUGGAAGCCGAAAGCACUGGCUCCUCUGCCCAGUACAGAAAACCAGGCUUGUAGACCAGACGGGGAGCCAGGAAGGGAGACAUCCCUAGAGCACAGCCCGAAGCCAGAGACGCCCACAGGCGGCACCCGUUUAUCGGUGGUGCCAGGGGACUGUGCUAUCGAAGAGAUGGUUAGCUCAGGGCCCCCACAAGUAGCGCCGUCUUUGACAUCUAUACCCCAGGUUGGAGUCGAGCAGAAAGAUGAAAGAAGUGCAUUGUCAGAUGGUAAAGGCCUGGAAAAGUUGUCCCCUUCAGUACUGCCCACAGAGCAAAGGGGACCCACAGCUCACCAGAGGCCAGUGGCUCAAGCGGAGAUGACAGAUCAGUCUGUACCCAAGGCUCCAACAAUGUCUGAAACUCUUGAAAUGCCCACAGCCACAACAGUGUCCAAAGUUGAACACCUACCCACCGAGGAAGGUCUGCCCACAGCUCCCAAAGUGCCUCCAGCCCUAGAGAGGUCUGCAGUGUGCACAGAACCCGCAGCUCCCAAAGUGCCUCCAACUUCAUCAAAGCCAGCAGCUCCUGUGGUACCCACAGCCCCCCAAAGAGCCUUGGGUCAGCAAGCAGCUCCCGUGGUACCCACAGCCCCUCAACAAGCAACUCCGGUGGUACCCACAGCCCCCCAAAGAGCCUUGGGUCAGCAAGCAGCUCCCGUGGUACCCACAGCUCCCAAAACUCCAGCGCAGAAAAUGCCUUCAGUAAAAACACCUGCGAGCCCAACCCCCAAAGUUCAAACUGGGAAUGCCACUAAAGCGGGGCCUGCAACUCCCAAAACACCUUCGACCACCAAAGCACCUGCAACUUCUAAAGCCUCCAGAGCAUCUAAGACAUCUGUGGCCCAGGUGCCCGUGGUUGCAGGGCAAACCUUGGAUGUAGCCAAACCCCUGAGUGAGGUCCAGGCUUCAAAGAGUAGAGCUGUCGGGCCAAAGGGCCAGGGGAAGGCGGGAAGGCAGGGUCUCCAGGCCAGUAGCACCCUGGCCUCCAGAAAUUCGCAUCCGUUCCUGAGGGAAGGACUUCUUGGGGCCUGGGAGGGGGCCCAGAGGCAGUCAUCUCGCCACCCACAGGCCAUUAACACAGUGACCAGCUUCCAGAGGUACCACGAGGCCUUGAACACACCCUUCGAGUUGAACUUGUCUGGGGAGCCUGGGAAUCCAGGGCUUCGGAGAGUGGUCAUCGACGGCAGCAGUGUGGCCAUGGUGCACGGCCUCCAGCACUUCUUCUCGUGCCGGGGCAUCGCCAUGGCAGUGCAGUAUUUCUGGAAUCGAGGACACCGAGAGGUCACGGUGUUCGUACCCACCUGGCAGCUGAAGAAGCACCGGAGGGUGAGAGAGAGCCACUUUCUGACGCAGCUUCACUCACUCAGGAUGCUGUCAAUCACUCCAUCCCAGCUGGAAAAUGGCAAGAAGAUCACCACCUAUGAUUACAGGUUCAUGGUGAAGCUGGCAGAGGAGACAGAUGGAAUCAUUGUCACUAAUGAGCAGAUUCACAUCCUAAUGAAUAAUUCCAAGAAACUGAUGGUCAGAGAUCGCCUGCUGCCCUUCACCUUCGCUGGGAAUCUCUUCAUGGUACCAGAUGACCCCCUGGGCCGUGAUGGCCCCACCUUGGAUGAAUUUCUGAAGAAGCCAAACAGGUUGGACAUGGACAUUGGCAAUUUCUUGAAGGUCUGGAAGACGCUUCCUCUCAGUUCAGCCAGUGUCUCUGAGUUGAGUGAUGAUGCUGGUCCCGAGCCUUUGGUGGGUCCUCAGAGUGUGGAAGAGGUCGGGGAGGAGAGGGAGAAAAGCCCAGAAGAGGAGCUGGUGGAGGGGCCAGGAACACCAAAGCCCGAUGAGCAAGAUGACCACUACUCUUCCCUCGUGGCAGUGUUUGGAGCCGAAUGUCCUUCCCUUUCUGAGGAAAUCCUCUGGUGUCUCAGCCUGCAUGACCCCUCUGAGGGGGCUUUAGACAUUGACCUCCUGCCAGCGGUGUCCUCUCCCUGCCUCCCUCCCUGGGAUGGAAAGGCUCCCUGUCAACAGGUUCUUGCCCAGCUCACUCAGCUCACCAUCCCUAGCAACUUCACCGCGCUGUCUUUUUUUAUGGGCUUUAUGGAUUCCCACCGGGAUGUUAUUCCGGACUAUGAAGUCCUCAUGGGCCCCCUGCACGGCCUCCUCAAGCAGAAGCCGGACUGGCAGUGGAACCAGGAGCACGAGAAGGCCUUCUUGGCCCUGAAACGAGCCCUCGUGUCCGCCCUCUGCCUGUCAGCCCCCAACUCCCACCUGCCCUUUUACCUGGAAGUGACCGUCAGCCGAGUGUCACUGACGGCCAUCCUGCAGCAGGAACACUCAGGAAGGAAGCACCCCAUCGCCUAUACCUCGAAGCCUCUCCUCCCUGAUGAGGACAGCGAGGGCCCUCAGUCAGGCGGGGACAGCCCCUAUGCUGUGUCUUGGGCCCUCAGACAUUUUUCCCGAUACAUUGGAGACAACCCCGUGGUUCUACGACUCUCCUAUGCCUCCCGGACAGCUGUGGACAGCGAGACGAGGGAAAGCCAUAGGGCUUCCAAAGAGUGGCUGAUACGAUGGUCUCUCUUGGUGCAGGACAAAGGCAAGAGGGAGUUGGAGUUCAGCCUUCUCCAGGGCCUCCUGGGGGAGAACCAGCUGCUGACGGCUGCUUCCUCCAUGCCUCGGGUUUUCCAGCUUCUCCCUCCUUCUACCGACCUGUCUGCUUUUAUCUGCAUCCACGUUUCUGGCUAUUGCUUCUACCGUGAUGAUGAGCUGUGUGCUGGCUUUGGCCUCUACAUCCUGUCUCCCACCAGCCCCCCAGUCUCCCUCGCCUUUUCCUGCCCCCCUCACACGCCCACCUGCGCCCACCUGGCAGCCGUGGCCUGUGGCCUAGAGCGCUUUGGCCAGUCCCGUCUCCCAGUGGUUUUCCUCACCCACUGCAACUGGAUCUUCAGCGUCCUCUGGGAGCUCCUGCCACUCUGGAAGGCCCGGGGCUUCCUCUCAUCUGACGGGGCCCCCCUACCUCAUCCAAGCUUGCUCUCCUAUAUUAUGUCUCUCACGUCUGGCUUCUCAUCCCUUCCCUUUAUCUACCGAACCUCUUAUCGGGGCUCUCUAUUUGCUGUGACAGUGGAUAAUCUGGCCAAGCAGGGUGCCCAAGGAGGCGGGCAGUGGUGGGACUUGCCGAAGGAUGUGCCAGUGCCAGUGGUGACUCCCCAUGCUAAAGGCAGGAAGCCCGACUUGCGGGCCUUACAGCGCAGUGACAGCACGUUGGCGGAUAUCAUUGCCAAGCUGCAGGCUGGGCAGAAGUUGUCCGGACCCUCCCCUUUCAGUUCUGCUUUUAAUUCACUCAGCCUCGACAAAGACAGUGGCCUGCUUAUGUUCAAGGGGGAAAAACAUCCCAGGGUCUGGGUAGUCCCAAGGCAACUUCGGAGGGAUCUGAUUUUUUCUGUGCAUGACACGCCCUUGGGGGGGCACCAGGGGCCAGAGGAGACCUAUAAGAAGCUGCGGUUGCUGGGAUGGUGGCCCGGCAUGCAGGAGCAUGUGAAAGAUUACUGCAGGAGCUGUUUGUUUUGCAUUCCCAAAAAUCUCACAGGGGGUGAGUUGAAAGUUAUUGAGUCCCCAUGGCCUCUCAGGUCAACCGCUCCCUGGUCAAGCCUGCAGAUCGAGGUGGUGGGUCCAGUCACUGCCAGCGAGGAGGGUCAUAAGUACGUGCUCCUGGUGGCAGAUGCCAACACCCGGUGGGUGGAGGCAUUCCCUCUGAAACCCUAUACGCACAUGGCUGUGGCCCACGUGUUACUGCAGCAUGUGUUUGCAAGAUGGGGUGUUCCCAUAAGGCUGGAGGCGGCCCAAGGUCCCCAGUUUGCCCGGCAUGUCCUGGUGAGCUGUGGGCUGGCCCUAGGAGCCCAGGUGACCACGCUGAGUAGGGCCCUCCAGUUCCCUUGUUUGAUGAGUUCAGAGGCCUACUGGGAAUUCAAGAGGGCCCUGAAGGAGUUCAUUUUCCUGCAUGGCAAGAAGUGGGCAGCCUCCCUUCCCUUGCUGCACCUGGCUUUUAGGGCCUCCACCACGCAGGCCACCCCGUACCAGGUCCUGACUGGGGGGGAGAUGAGGCUGAUGGAGCCCUUGUGGUGGGAGGUAAGCAGUGCGAACAUUGAGGGGCUCAAGAUGGAUGCUUUCUCGUCGCGGCUGACAUGGGAGCUGUUGGACCUCCACUGGAGGGUGGCAGAGAAGGCAGGCGAAAAGGCUGACAAUAGGCGCUUGAAGAGGGAGGUCCAGGAGAAGGACUGGAAGGUGGGUGACCAGGUCCUCUUGCUGUCUCUCCCCAGGAACGGCAGCAGUGCCAAAUGGAUGGGCCCCUUCUAUAUCGGGGACCGGUUGAGCCCGUCACUCUACAGGGUGUGGGGUUUCCCGAUCCCAGAGAAGCUGGGGCUUGUCUAUCCUAGCAGUCUAAUGAAGGCCUUUGCCAAUGGUAGCACCCCUCUGUCCCUCAGCGUGCCUCUCAGUGAGUUGGAGCUGUGACUUAGAGCAGCCGGAGAGCUCCCCACUCCAGGAGUCCUGGGUUUCUGCUGCUAGGCAUCCCUCUGCUCUAAGAAAUGCUCUUAGCUCUUUGGGGCCCUCAGUUGUGCCUUUUGUGGAGAAGUUGCUUCAUAAAGCUUUGCUGAAUGGCCUUGACCUAGGGAUGAAUGUCCCUGUGGAAGCAUGCCCAGCUUAGGGUGUUUGGAGACCUUGCCAAAGGUUGGCAUAUGUGGGCUCUGGUGAUUUUACACUUGGGAGCAGAAAGUCUCCUCACUAAAGUAGGCCAGGCCCACAGUCUUCCCCAAGUGCCAUUUUGUUGCUUCACACGCAUGCAAGGGUAUAUUGGUAUGUGCAUCCCCCGCAAUACCUUAAGCCUGGUAUAUUUAAUAGUGCUUAUCUGAACCUCACAGUGGGUACUAGCCCUCACUGUCACGGGAGUGCCUCCCCUUACACUGUGGGCUUGGCAAGCCUUUGCCCUUGGAGUUUUCAGUGGCACAGAUACAUGCUGGUAGCGGAGUGGGGGUGGGGGUGGGGCACAGCAGUUCUCCUGUCGACUUCCUUGGCCUUCUCAUCUGUCAGGAAAGGGCUUUAGCCUUCAUGUCCCUCCAGGACCAUGGCUCUGGGUGGAGAUGAUCAGCCAUAAGCCACCUAGCUGUCUGUGUAAGGGAAGGUGCUGGAGGAAGGGGUCGAGUUGGCCUACCUCAUUUGAUUCCAGUUAUGGAGAUGAUUCCUGACCCCUGCUGUGAUGGUGACCACCUCACAGGAAUCAUGGACCUUGGUGCCCAGUGUGGCAUUUCUACUGCAAGAGCUGCUUCUAUUAGGACCAGUGGGGCCCACGCUCUGCUUUAAGGGGAGAGCGUCUGACUUGGGUAGUUUGACACGUGGCCAGGUGCUGGGUAGCUUUACCUCUUACCCUUCUCAUUCCUGCCCAAAGCCCACAGCACUCUCCUGCCUGCACUAUCUCCUUAGACGCCUUCCUGCCUGCACUAUCUCCUUAGACGCCGAGGGACCUCUGUGCCCUGAGCAGCUGCAUGCUGUUGGCCUGCUUCUGUGUAGAGCUCCCUGGGAACCAGCCGUGCCUGCGGAGAGCCCUCCUGCAGCGGGAGUGGGCCUCCUGCCCCUCUGCCUGUCCACGUUGAGGUGCUGUCAGUCAGCCUGCAGAGGAAGGCCAGCGCUGUGCAAGUCUGCCUCAGAUCCCUAGUAGCUCAUUUCCUCAGAAGCCAGUGCAGCUUUCUGACCCAGCACAGACCUGACAUCGUGGAGUGCCCAGGCCAGAGGAGUUGCCAUUGAGUCCAGCUUGCUUCAGAACAGAGGAAAGAGGGCCAGAGGGGGAAAACGACUUGUCCAAAGCCACACAGCUGCUUGGUGUCUGAGCUGGAGUCCGGACGGACCCUCCUGACUUCAGGUUCAUCACGACAGGGGCUCUGGCAACAGGGCCAAGCAGGAGAACCCUUUCAGAUUGUGUUCCUCUGUUCCCUUUGAUGCUGUUUCCCAACUUUUCUAGAAAAACUACCUGGAUGCUGUUCCUCAGACAAUCCAGUUGUCAGCCCUGCCCUGCCCAGGAAUGAAUGCUGGGCCGCUGAAAGUUAGCUGUAGAGUUUUAGCAGGGUUUAGAGUGAGCACUGCGUUUCCUCACUCCCCCUACUCUUCAUACGGUGUGCCAGCCUCGCUCUCCCACCCCAGGGCUGUGUUCAGACCCCUCUUCCUGUUAAGUACGAUUUUGAUCAUAUGCUCUCCAAGUGAUUUUCAUUCUGUUUUUCAAUAAAUCAAUUAAAACGGA